ACGCAACAGACAAGUGCCGGUCCCGGUUCCCGGAGCGUGUUCUCUGUGCUCCAUUCCCCAUUCUCAGUGAUCUGUUCUCUGUUCUCGGUGAUCUGUUCGCUGUGUGGGCAUCAACCGCAACAGGCCCAAAACCAAUAAGCCUACUUAGGCCUGCGUUGGCUUUGCUAACGGAGUCAAAGCCAAGUGCUGCUGCCCCAACAUAGACACACUUAAAUGAGUGGACGACAUUGACGGGUGACGACGACAACAACAACGACGACAACAACAACGACGACGACGACGUCGACAACAGCGACGUUGUCAAACGGUGCUCAGUGCAUAGCGGACAGGCGCAGCAAGCGGACGCAGCACGUUGCUUUCAACAAGACGCAAACGCAGACGCAGAACACAGAAUACACAAUACAGAGCACAGAACGCACCUUUCUCCAACAAGCGAGAAGCAACAGUCUAGAAGCCACAGCAACGGGCCGUGUAUUUUUGUGCGCCAACUCGGGUUAUUGGAUACAGAUACAUAGAUACACAGCAGCAGCAGCAGCAGCAUCAUCAGUAGUGCUCGUACUCACGGAUAUUUUUAGCAGCCGGCCUCACACACUGACACAUAGAUACACACACAUACAGUCACAGUCGCAUUGCUGACACACGCGGCUCGCACGUUUUGGAAAAACUGUUCUUCGUGGCUUUUCUCACAUUCAGUUGCAUCGCGUAUCUAUCAGAUACUUUUUUAGCUGAAACAAAACUUAUCGGCAAAGCCCAUUAAAACGAAUUGGCGCAAAUGACAACAAACUAAAAAUAAAUAUAAAUACAAUAAUAUACAAACUAAAAACAAACUAGUUUGCUGUGGAAGUUCGAGGAAAUAAAAAUAAUAAAAUUCAAAAACAAAACAGAUUUAUUUUUGUUGUGUUAAUCUGCCAAAUUUAUUCAUGAGGCAAGCGUUAAUUUAAAAUCGAGUCACAAAACAACAUAUUCGAUGACUAAUUAGCUGAUGCUGUGGAAUUUUAAUUGAAACUUACAAUCAAAUCGGAAUUCAGAUUUGUUUUUAUUUCAAAAUAAAUAAAACCAAAAUAAAUUAAAAUAAAAUAACAUCAACAAUCAAAUUGAAGUGCGUGAAAAGUGCUAAAAAUACAUAAAAUUGAUUGAAAAUUACAAUUUCUAUGUGACAACUGCAAUAAUUCAAAAUCUCAAAACUACAAUCAGCCCAGGCCUCUCGUACAUUUUUGGAUUUAUGAAAUCGAAAAGAUGAAAUCCAGCACAUACGAGAUGCACAACUACGCGGAGCUAGACAUGGAGCUGGACAGCGAUCAGACGCAAUCCGGAGCCAAAGGUUCACGGAAAAGGAAGGCAACCAAUGCGGCGACUUGUCGACGUGGUGAGAAGUACUCUCUGCGGCAAAAGCGACAGAAACGCAUUCCCGGCGAGUCAGCCACAUCAAUGCCAGCCUCACCUGCCACAGAAUUGGAGCCAUCAGCUACGGCCAAGGUAACCGCAACGCCAACUGCCUCCAAGGCCAAGAGUUCGGCCAAGACGAAAGCGCCGCCGUUGAGCAAGUAUCGCCGCAAGACGGCGAAUGCCAGGGAACGCACCCGGAUGCGUGAGAUCAACAUGGCCUUUGAGCAGCUGCGUCAUUGUGUGCCGCAGUCGAUAACUGGCGAGGAUGCAGCCAGUACCAACGAGAAGCUGACCAAGAUAACAACACUGCGACUGGCCAUGAAGUACAUUGGCAUGCUGAGCGAGUCCCUGCAGGAUCCCAGCUAUGAGAGCGACUUUCUGGUCGAGUGUCUGCGCGAGAGUGCCAACCGGGAGGCGCAUGUCAGUCUCGAAUCGGAUCCCGAGGCGGAUGCGGAUGCGGAUGUGGAGGCGGAGUACGAGCUGGAGCUGGAACCAACGCCGCCAGUUCAAAAGACCAAGAAGCCAUCAAAGGCCAACAAAAAGACGCCUGCGAAGCGACAAAGUAAACAGACCAAGACAACAACAGCAAGAACAACAGCAAUAGGAACAGCAAUGACAACGACAUCCACGGCGAGCAGUUCACCGGAAUCGUGUUAUGCCUCCUCCUCCGUCGGCUCACCUGCAUUCUGUGCAGCCGCCAGCUCGCCCAGCUCCGCCUAUGCAUCUUUAUCCUCAUCCGCCUCCACGAGCAGCAGCAGCAGAAGCAGCAGCGGCAGCAGCAGCGGCAGCAUCCAUGACAGCGCUCCUCUGGAUGCGGACAGUCUGCUGGGGAUGCAGGCGCUCAGUGAGCUCAACACGCUGUUGCUGGAGUCGGACAGCGAGUCGCUGCACUGCCUCGAUGCCAACUAUCAGAGCCUGCUGGCCUCGGCCGGAUCAAUGUUGCCCUCGCGGGGUGAUUUGCCCAUUUCCAUGCAUUUGCCGUUGGAUAAACCGGAUGUGGAGUUGAGUUUGCGAUUGCUGGAUCAAUCGACGGACUCCUUUGACUUUGGCAGCGAUCAGCAACCCUCGGCUUGCAUUAGUCCUCUGGCCACACUGGACAGUUUUCAGCCGUUUGCCGAUCUGCUGCAUGGCGAGUUCCCAGACAUAUUUCUAGCGUGACCCGUUCAACUACGAAUGUCUAUAGUUUAUUUAUUGAUAAUUUUUAAUGAUAUUGAUAUUGUAAUUUGUUACAUUGUUCGUUUAAGUUUAACUUAGUUGAUAGUGCGCGGCAAACCUAACCUCACAUUAGCUAUAGCUACAGCGUACAACGGAAUUCAUCGUGUCAUAGCAGGCAGGCAGGCAGGCAACUGCAUUUGCUCACAGCAGACAGCCCAUGUCCAUGUGUUAUUUUCUUUGGCUAAGCAUUUCAAUCACUUCAAUCAUUUUUCGUAUCCAUCAGUUUUUCAAAAUGUAUGUAAAUAAAUCACAAAAUGUUGUUCAAUUAGAA